GGCUGCGUGGGUGGGAAUGAAGUUCCGGAGCGGUGCUGUUAGUUUCUCAGUGCCGGGGUAGUCGGUAGACUUGGUGCUGCUUUGGGUUUUAUUUUUUUAAGCCGUUUUAAAAUAUUAGCAAACGUAUUUGUCGUUUUUAACCUUUGUUUGGCUGGGUGAGGUCUGCCAUUCCCGUCCUGCAGGUGCGGAGUGAGUGUUGAGGGGUGAUGGAGAGCGGGGAGGACCCGGAGCAGGAUCUGGAGCUAGACCUGGACUUGCACCUGGAUCCGGAUCCAGACCCAGAGCAAAGGCAGAAACCGGAGCGGGGACAAGAGCCGGAGCAGAAGCAGGGAGAAUCCCUCAACCUGACCGAGUUCUCGGACGAGAUCCUACUGAAUAUACUGGGGUUCGUGCCCAGCUGUGAUCUACUGCUGAAUGUCAGGAAAGUGAGCAGAAAGUUAGCGGCCCUGUGUGUGGAUAAGAGCCUGGUCAACUCUAUCUCUCUGCACAAAGAGUACCAGGAAAGUGAUGCAAAGGUGACCUCACUACUGAAAGAAAUAGCCGGUAAUAUUCAGUUGUUGAAACUGAGUGGCUGCUAUUGGUUGUCUGGCUCAACCAUUGAUCUGGUGGCAAAGUGUAAAAACAUCCUGAAACUUGAUCUGACAGGAUGCCAUAUGACAUCGCUGCGACUCUCUAGGAUGCUGUCUGUACUACGGAAUCUUCGCUCUCUUGCUUUAGAUGUCAACCAAGGAUUUGAUGUUGGCCAGCUUAGCAGUGAAUGUAAGGCAACUCUUGGCAAAGUAACUGAACUCAAGCAGACUUUGUUCACUCCUUCCUACGGCAUUGUCCCUUGUUGUACCAAUUUGGAGCGGCUAUUGCUUUACUUUGAAAUCCCUGACCGGACUCGGGAGGGUGAAAUGCUCUCGGGCCAGCUGAUGGUUGGACAAAGCAACAUUCCCCACUAUCAAAACCUCAAGGUAUUCUAUGCAAGGUUAUCACCAGGCUACGUUAACCAGGAAGUUGGGAGGUUUUACCUGUCAGUCCUGAGUAUUCGGACUCCUGAGAACCUGCGUGCCUUUAUCCUGUCUGUCCCUGGGAUUUUUGUUGACACUGGAUGCUCCACGCGGAAUUUCCUAGAUUGCAUGACCAAAAACUUUAGCCUGGAGGCAUUGCAACUUCCUCGUUCUUGGUUAAAUGGGUCAUCACUUCUGCACUCCUCGCUUCUGCAUACCAUUACCUUGAGUAACCCAGUCUAUUUAAACUUCAGUCACUGCAUACUCUCUGGCUGCCAACUGAGCCAUCAAAUAAUUAAUGGUGGCAAAAAUGUUCAGUCGUUGGUCAGUUUGAAUCUCAGUGGCUGUGUCCACUGCUUACUGUCAGACUGCUCUGUCUUUCGCAAGGCCAAAGAUGAUAUUGAUUUCGAUGUAGUGGAAGCACUGGUAAACUGUUGUCCUAACCUGAAGCACCUGAAUCUUUCUGCAGCUCACCACCACAGCCCUGAGGGGUCAGGUAAACACUUGUGCCUGCUGUUAGCGAGAUUGAAACAGUUGCGUUCAUUAUCACUCCCUGUGUGCUGCAUUGUACAAAGUGCCAAAAAUGUUGACAAGCUGCCAAAUCACACAGUGUCUGCUCUGGGUGCACAAUCAGUGCGGCGGGGUCUAGGGAAGAAGGUUCGAAUUGGAGUUCCGACCUAUCCAAAGAAUAUUCAGGAGCAGCAGUCAGUGAAUGUACCUGCAACUGUUUUUGGUACUCUGCUAGAAAAUAUUCCCUUUUUAGAAGAACUCGAGCUGAUUGGGUCCAGUUUCUCCUCUAAUGUGCCUCGAAAUGAACCCGCCAUUAGGAAUAUGCAACCACCCUGUGAACGAGCACAGCGAAUCAGAGAUGAAGAAUUGAUGCUCAUUGGACAAUUGAAGUGCUUGCGCAUUCUAACUUUGGCUCAGCUUCCUGGCAUUCUUACUGGGUCAGGUUUGAUUGCCAUAGGAUUGAAGUGUCAGCAGCUGCAGACGCUGUCUCUGGCAAACCUUGGUCUGUUGGGGAAUGUUGCCUACAUGCCAGCCUUGUGUGAAAUGCUGAAACACUGCAAACAAUUGAAGGACUUGAGACUAGAACAGCCAUACUUGUCAGCCUGUGCACAGUUCUUCCAGGCAUUGAGCCACUGCUCAUCACUGAAACGAUUAUGCAUAGUUUCUCGUCAUGGAACUUUCCAACAUGAUGCAGUGAUCUCGUUCAUGACCAAGUGCCCAGAUGUCAUCAUGUGCCACAUGUUCACAGGAGAAACUCUAGUGGCUUGCAAAAAGCUCCAACAGGCACUGAUUCGAGCUUUUCAGAUGGACAGGCCUGCAUUGAACGUGGCCAUAUUCCCACUACUACAUGAAGGACUUGCUGAUGUCAUCCGGGAUGUUCCAAUGAUGCAUUUGGAUGAAAUAACAUUGUUUAAAAGUCGUGUUGCAGAAGACCCUCUGCAUCUCUGGUGGUGAAGGAAGAGGAAUUGAAUACAUUGGUGUUGUGUAAUUCCCAUGUGUGAUUAUCUUCUUGAAUCUCCCCUGCUUGUUGAUGAUGUGUCAUUUAAAAUAAAAACACAAUGUUUACUGUCUUGUGAAAAAAGUGUCAAAAGUUUGUAAAGCUGCAUAAAUGUUUUCUAUUUUUUUCAUUAUCAUGUUUUUCUGCAAAACUUUACAAAAUUUGGGUCAGCACCAAUAGUGAUGGAUUUUGUGUGGUAAAUUUUCUGUUGUGCCUGCUGUAGUCUUCACAAUAUUAAGAUUAAGAACUCAUAGCCAAGGACAAGUAAUAAUCCAUCAGCUGUCAAUGCCCUUGUGCUGUAAUUCUCCCAGAAUAGCAUUCCAUUCUGUUUUAAGGGUAACUAAUGUUUCAGUAGAUUUUAUCCUUUAGUUCUACUUUUCUUGGCUGAUCUGUCUUGGCUGAUCUGUGUGUAUAUAAAAAAAAAUCUGGAUGAAACCAAGUUUUGCCCUGUAUUCCCAUUAACCAUUGCUUUUCUAGACAGUGCAUGAACUUCAGUAAUUCUUCAGCUCAGAUACUUUAUAUGAGCAUCAUUUUAGUUCUUUGCACACUCUUUAAUGUUGCUGUGUGUUCUUUGUGAUUUAAUAACCAAAUUAAAUACACUUCAAGUGUG